GGAGGAGUCUCAGUCACCACAGCCUCCGGCCACCAGGGGCUGCUCAGCGCCAAGCUCUUCGACCACGCUGCUUGUUUCUCCGGUUACAGGCAGCUUGGGAAAGCAUGCUUGUCGGGCGGGAGAAAAUAAAAUACACCCUUCUCUCACUUUCACUUUGGCGCCGGCUAAAGGGAGCUGACAGAAACUAAUCUUCCGUCAGGAAUCCAGUUGUCUAGGAAACAGCCUCAUAACUAUGUGAUAUAAAUUGAAAAGAAGGUUAUACAGCAAUCAGCACAGACAAGUGCAAGACAAGAUGAAUACUUCUGGAGGUAGCUGUGGAAGUCCCAGCUCUGUAGAACCUGCUGCAGACUGCUUCAAGGAACUGUGGUCCAAACUGAAAGAAUGUCACGAUAAAGAAGUGAAAGGAUUACAGUUAAAGGUUUCCAAACUGAAAAAGGAAAGGUGUUUGGAUGCAGAGAGGCUUGAAGAGUUUUACACCAAAAACCAGCAGCUUAGAGAGCAACAGAAAUCUCUGUGUGACACUAUUACAGUUUUAGAAGAUCGUUUAAGAGCUGGAUUAUGUGAUCGUUGUGCAGUAACUGAAGAGCAUAUGAAGAAGAAACAGCAGGAAUUUGAAAAUAUCCGGCAACAGAAUCUUAAACUGAUCACUGAACUGAUGAAUGAAAGAAACAACUUACAAGAUGAAAAUAAAAAAAUUUCUGAACAGCUUCAGCAGAUGCAGCAAAAGAUAGAAGAGCAUGAUGAAGACAUGAAAGGGUUUAUACCAGGCACGCCAGUUCAGAAGCUUCCAGUGGUUAGCCGAAUGCGCCGAAAAAGAGAGAAUGGGCAUGUACGAUACACAGAACAGAAGUGUACGGAAUUAGAACAGAAAGGACGAACUAAUGAGCUUGGGAAGGUUGCUUUGUUAUCAACUCAGAAUGAUGUACAUUCCAACAAAAAAAUAUUGGUGGCAGAUACCUGCAAUCCACAAUGUUCACCAGUAUCAAAUGAAAAAGGAACAGAUGUCCCUGCCACAACAUCACCUUUUGACUUGGCUGCCAUUGUUGCAGAAACACUUGGAUUUGAUAAUCCUAACAAACAGAGAGAUUCUAGAAAGCAGAUGGCUCAUGGAUUACCAAGAAGCAAUGGCGACAAUAUGGGGUAUUCAGAUGCAUUGGAAAACACUCCUCCAUCUACAGAUUGGGAUUCUAAGUCCCUCUCUCCCAUUUUGGGGGCUUCGGCAUCGGCUAACAUGAAGAAGAGCCUGGGCGUGAAUACAAGUCUUUCCCCUUCUGUACUAGCAGUGGGACAGAAGUCAAAUCUGAAAGUCAGCUGCAUUGACAGUUCUUCUUACUUGAGCUCUGAGAAAGUGAGGUCAAAAUCUGAAGAUGUUGCUUUUGUUGCUCCACUUAACCUUGGAACUGAAUUAGCCUCUGUUAUCAGUCAGGCUCCAACCAGUCGGCAAGGGGUUGUGAAACAGAAUUCAGAUGAGCCCAUUACGUGUGUCACUAACACACAUUCAGAUAAAGAUGAAUAUGUCAAGCGUGAUUUCCUUCUUGCACCACAGAAACUACUAGUAAGCAGAAGCACUAAAAGGAAGAAAUCUGAGGAGAAAAAUGGGCACAUAAUUGGCUGUGGAAAAGAAAAUGCCCUCCCAGCCCAAAUAGACAUUCCUUCUGCUGCCACCAGAGAUAAUGCAACUGACAAGCCCCUAGAUCUGUCUGAUCGUUUUGCUUGUUUUCGGUCUCAGGAAAAAAGUCAUGCAUCUUCUGAGCUCUCCAAAGCCAGGCUGAGACAGGCAACUCUCCAUGAUGUUUUUCAACCACUAGGGAAAGAGACUUCAUCUUUUAAAAGUAUCAGUGUUAACGACACAGCUAACAAGGAUUUGGAAGAGGAUCCCUGUGUACAAGAAGCAAUCCUGAAAUCUCUGAGUAAAGCACCUCCAGAGAUUAAACCUCAAGUAUCUAUUAAAAGAGAAAACCUUGCAUUUUGUAAUGUACAGCAAAAUGAUGCCCUUGAGUCAGAACUUUCUGAAGACAUGACAGUUGCUCAGGUCUGUGAACCAACCACUAAGAAAAUAAGAACACGGCUUGGAGUGGGUGAACCAGCAUCAGUGCUACAACCGAAUCCUUGCAGACUAACAAAAACUGUGCAGCAAUACAAUCAGCAAGAUAAGCCAUCCUUGGAAAGUGUGCAGUGGAGUAUAGAUCCAGGAGCAGACCUUUCCCAGUAUAAAAUGGAUAUAACUCUGAUAGACACAAAAGAAAGUACCCAAUCAAGAACUGGAGCAGAGACAGUAGAUAUGGAACAUACAUAUGUCAGUGAAAGUAUUCUAUUAAGACUGAAAAAUCAGGAACAGAAAGCAAGCAGUCAGCAAAGUGAAAGAAGAAAGAAUGGUGCCUUAACAGAAAUAUUUGAUCGGACAUCAUAUGAAGAAUACAACUCCUAUUUUGAAGAUGAUAAUCUUCCAGCAUGUAACAAUGAAGAGGUGUCUCAAGAGCAAGGGGAAGAAAAUAAGACAUUAUCAGCAUUAAUGGAAAACCAACAAACACAUGAAGACAAAAAAGAUAAAACCAAACAGAAGGCUUUUGUUGAGCCCUAUUUUAAAACUGAGGAAAGAAAGAAUUCUGUAUUAGAUUUUCCUCAUGUUGAGGUUGUUCGUAAAAGAGAUGAGAGAAGAAAAUUACCUGGCCAUACUUGUAAGGAAUGUGAAAUAUAUUAUGCAGAUUUUCCAGAAGGAGAGAAGGAGAAGAAGUUAGCUGCCUGUUCAAGGCAUCGAUCGCGCUACAUUCCUCCUGACACACCAGAGAACUUCUGGGAGGUUGGAUUUCCUUCCACCCAAAUGUGUGUUGAAAGAGGUUACAUAAAAGAGGAUUUUGCUCCCUGCUCCCGUCCUAAAAGAAGACAGCCUUAUAAUGUGACCUUUUCUCCAAAAAGCAAAGAACAAAAGACAUAAUUGAAGUGUAAAAGUGAAAAAUGUAGAUACAGGUCGUUUGUGUCAGUUAGUAUUUAUAACCAGUGGAGAAAUCAGAGAAAAAUAGGAUGAAAGUAUUGUUUGUGGACUAUUUCUCCCUUCUCAAAAGAAAUAAUGUUGGGAAAUCACUUCCCUUUUAACUAUCACUUAACUGUCUGUGGCUACAAAUAAAGUAUUUAAUGUAUAUAGAUAUAUUGUUUUUAUAUGCAUAUUUCAUUGAGCCUCAUCCUGAUUUUGCACCUUUUAGUUGGGAGAGCCAGUAGCUGUUUCAUAGAUACCUGCAGUUCAGCUUCCAUGCUGGCUGUACUCAGACAUGGUGUAAGCUGGUGUUACUACUUUUGCGACAAGCAGAAUUGUAGAUCAAUUCUAGAAGAUUUCAUCAGACAGACUCUUGAGUGCUCCCAUUUUGCACUGGAUAAUUUAAAAGAAUUUUAACCACUUCCGUUUUGUAAUAAUAUUUUUUGGGAGGGUAAUAAAUUUGAUUUUCUUAAUGAC